CUGGGUCUGAGGAGCUGACGAGUCAAGCGGCAGACCACACUAGGCGCUCCGUGUCUGCGCGCGCCCCUCCUGGCGCCUCAGAGGCUUGCGCUCCCCAGGCCCGAGCCUCUGUGACCCGCGCACCUCUUCCUCCGGCCGCGGCUGCUUCCUCCCAGGCCCGGCAUCCCUGAGCCCCGCGGGCGCCGCGCCUGCCCUUGUUUGGCCACGCGGCAGCGGCGGUAUUGGCGAGUCCUCUCGGGUUGCCCCCGCGGGCGUCAGAGGGAGGGCGGGCGCCCGCGUAGUGACGGCAGCGCCUGCAGCCCGAGGAGCGCUCCAUUCGCCGCCGCCGGAGGGGCCGGUGACCUCUCGGCUGCCCCGCGUCACAGUCUUAGAUGGCUCAAGCGAAGAUUAACGCUAAAGCCAACGAGGGGCGCUUUUGCCGCUCCUCCUCCAUGGCCGACCGCUCCAGCCGCCUGUUGGAGAGCCUGGACCAGCUGGAGCUCAGGGUUGAAGCUUUGAGAGAAGCAGCAACUGCUGUUGAGCAAGAGAAAGAAAUCCUUCUGGAAAUGAUCCACAGUAUCCAAAAUAGCCAGGACAUGAGGCAGAUCAGUGACGGAGAAAGAGAAGAAUUAAAUCUGACUGCAAACCGUUUGAUGGGAAGAACUCUCACCGUUGAAGUUUCAGUAGAAACAAUUAGAAACCCCCAGCAGCAAGAAUCUCUAAAGCAUGCCACAAGGAUUAUCGAUGAGGUGGUCAAUAAGUUUCUGGAUGAUUUGGGAAAUGCCAAGAGUCAUUUAAUGUCGCUUUAUAGUGCAUGUUCAUCUGAGGUGCCACAUGGGCCAGUUGAUCAGAAGUUUCAAUCCAUAGUCAUUGGCUGUGCUCUUGAAGAUCAGAAGAAAAUUAAGAGGAGAUUAGAGACUCUGCUUAGAAACAUCGAAAACUCUGACAAGGCCAUCAAGCUGUUAGAGCAUUCUAAAGGAGCUAGUUCCAAAACUCUGCAACAAAAUGCUGAAAGCAGAUUCAAUUAGUCUUCAAACCCAAGAGCAUUUACACAUAGUGGUGUAAAAAUGGUACAAUACUAUUUUAAUUGA